UGCCAACAUUCAUUCAUUUUAUGACGUCUGUCAGAUAAAUCUGUUGGUGUUUUGUGUUGACUGCUGUUUUUAUUUAUUUUGUGCUAUUUAACUCUACUGUCCUACAUUUUUACCCAAGUGCCAGUUAUAGAAAGCAUAUACUUUGUGUUGAGUGUUGAGUUUGAAACAAACAUGACUGUUCAUAAGUGUGUUGGAUAUAGAACUCGCGCCAGCAGGGAGUGUGAACGCACGAAUCCGACAUCCUACUGCCAAUGCUGGUCAAAGCGAACUCCAAUGCAAUGGAAACAGCUGAAUACUUGUUCUUGUGGAGAAGAAUACGAUGUAAGCGAAUGGAAAUGGGAACAUCCAGCUGACAAUGGACUGAGUUGGGUGGUGAUCAGCGACGACCAGAAACAAGUGACGUUCCACCCGUUCUACAGCUCCGGCACGGCGGCUGUCCGGGGAGACACGCCGAUGAAACUGGACUACCACUACUAUUGGGAAGUCAAAAUGCUGACUGAAACAUAUGGAACUGAUAUUAUGGUGGGCCUGGGCUCGGAAAAAGUGAAUGUCUCAGACUUCCAGUUCAAGUUCACGUCUCUCCUCGGGCUUGACACGGAGUCUUACGGGCUCUCGUAUACGGGGGCCGUUCGGCACAACGCCUCAUCUAGCGCUGAAUCGCCUGGUUUCUGUAGGGGGACCAUCAUCGGCGUUAGGGUCAACAUGUGGCAGGGGACCCUGGAGUUUUACCUCAACAGGCAGGCGCAAGGCAUAUCGUUCUACAACCUGCGACGUCAUCAAGAACUCUACCCCAUCAUCUGCUCAACGGCCGCGCAGUCGUCCAUGAGACUGAUAUACGCCGCCUCCUGGCGCGCGUCACUCCUGGUGGACGCAGCCAAGAUCCUGGCAGCCUCUGUAGACCAGGUCAAGCUGCCCCCCGGCCUGUUUUACGCGCUGCGCAACCAGUUCUGGCUCACGAUGCCUAAUGGAGGUUACAUAGAACAAGAGGCUAAAGAAAAAGAUAUGGAGUGUGAACAACAGAAGUCGGCCAACCUGACGCGGCCAUCGGGCGCGGGUCUGAAGCGGCGCCACUGGCAGACGUGUCUGCCGCUGCGGCCCCCCAAAUAAGGGCCUUGGACCAAGCUCACCAUCUAAGGCCCCCCGAGUGAGGACCUUGGACCAAGCUCACCAUCUAAGGCCCCCCAAGUGAGGACCUUGGACCAAGCUCACCAUCUAAGGCCCCUAAGUGAGGACCUUGGACCACCAGCUCCGGUCCAAGCUCACCAUCUAACCGGUAUAAAGGUGCCUGUCCACUGAAGAGGAGCGGAGAGGAGAGCGGAGCGGAUCGGUGCCAAUAUUAACUAAUCUAUUUAAUCCGGUAGCCCAGCGACCUAAGAUGUUUUCUAGCCUCUGAUAAAAUAGAUGUCGCCAUUGACCUUAAUCUUGUGCAGUGUCACACUAGUUGCUUAAACCAAUCUCUGCUCCGUAAAAUGAAUUCUUAAUCUAGCUUGCAAGAUUUUUUAAGCAAAUUGUGCAAGCGGAGCGGAGAACAGAAUACGGAAAUGGAGCGGACAAGCAGAAAAAAACCGCGCUCUGGGCUCCCUUACUUAGUAAAUGGAUUAACACUCCGCAACUUCGCUCCGCAAUUCUUCCUCGCUCCUCUGCCUCACUGCAUCAAUAGACGACGUAGUCCACUUAGAGCACCCGCCCAAAUAGCACCCGCAGGAAAAGCACCUGGCCUAGUCCAAGAGCACCUAUCGAUAAAUUUAUAACGCUAUUCGUGGAUUCAAAUUUAUUUUAACAUUUUUGUCCACGAACAGAGAACCCGAAAUAUCGAUAGGUGCUCUUUGUGGACUAAGCCAGGUGCUAUUUGGGCAGGUGCUCUAACUGGACUACUUCCAAUAGACAAAAAGAGUCUGCAACUCCGCUCCGCUUUACUCUCUUGCUCCGCCUCAAUGGAUAUGCACCCUUAUGUAUUUAAGGCUAAGUUCAGAGGGAAAUUAAACAUAGAUUUUUAAUAAUGAGAACUCAAAUAUAAUGUUCUAUCUAAAACUCUAGACACAGGAAAAAUCAUUUUAAUAUUAUCUCUUGUGCCAAAUACUUCAAAAAUCUCCUACAUUUUGGCCAAUAUGAUCUUGUAUGCAGUAUGACUCUUAUUUGACUCGGUCAGGAACCGUGAAAAUAUUUCUUGCAUUGUUUUAAUUUCAUUUACUUUCAUAUCAUUUGUCUCUGAAUAUCAGAUAGCUAAAUAAGUGUUCAGUAUAAUUAUGAUGAUUUUCUCGUCGAUAGUGAAAAUAUUCUUGUUGAUGAUGUGUAGAAUUACUUCUUUAUAAUAUGCAUUUUUGUGCCAGAUCUGAGUAUUUUGUUCGAAAUUCUUAGACGUGCGGAAUUCACUAAUUGUUCAAAAUGUUCUUUGUAAAACUUUGUCAGUCACUGAAUAUGCAAUGUGUAAUAAUAUCGCAAUAUUAUAAAUUUAAUAUAACGCCCCAAUAGAUGUCUUUAAUAUUCUUCAUUUUAUUCAUAAGGCAGUUAUUUUAUAAUACCACAUCUGAAUGUUAAUUGUAAAUGUAGUGUAGGUAUACGCUUGCACACAGCAUUUAUCUAUGUUAUAAAGUUAUUUCGAAUCGAGUGCAUUAUCCGGCUUACACAUUGUUUGUAAAGUACUUUUACUGUCACGUCAUAUACGGACGAAUGCACGGCAAAUUAUGUCACCGUAAAAUUAUGAAUUCCGUCAGAUUAUAAGACGUAGUUAGAUUACAAUCUAACCUAACCCACUGGUAGUUUACAAUCUCACGUGUUAAUAUUAAAACUAAUGGUGCAAAUUAUUUAAAAAAUUUAAAGUUGUAGUUGUGGACUUUGCAUAAUUGUGACAGCAUUUGUAGCAUUUACUAGUUUUUUUUUUGGUGGAGGGAUAUUUAUAGAUGAAUUAGAAAAGUACCUAAUUAUGAAAUUUGUUAAGUUUUGAUAAAAAGUUAUCACCAGACAGAAAAUCUCAAAACUAAUAUGACAACUUGACAACGGCCUUCGCUAUGUUUACUUUUGUCUACGUCUGUCUCGUCUAAUUAAUGAUGUAACCAAAUUAUCGUCAAAUUACUCAAAAGAUAUUAUUUUAAUACGUAAUAUAAAUGGAGUACUUAAUACUGUCUUUUUGUAAUCAGUUGUAGAAUUUAAUUACUUAUACUAAAAUCAAAAUAUUUUGAUCUCUCAAUGAACUAAUAAGGUUGAGGCCGAUAGCCGUAACCGUCUCAGAAUCUUUCUAGUAAAUAUACUAGAUAUAUCAUCAAUAGAUGAUUUGAUGAAAUGUAAUGUGUAAUAAUAAUAUGUCGCGGCUAACUUGUUAAAUGGGCUAGUAACUGGAAUAGCUAGACUAACUGUACAUUAUACGCCGGUAACUAAAGCCCGGUCUGUGAGCACGUAGAAUUUUGUCCGAUGACCCCAACCUUAUCGCUCGUGUAUAUUGCUGUCGCUACUGUGCGACGGGCGCCCGCAGUGAGUGUGCGAGUGCGACAGCAACAUAAUUAUGCGCGAGUGAUAAUUAUGGGUAGCUUGGGGUCAUUUGACAAAAUUCUACGUGCUCGCAGACCAGACUAUAGCUCUGGUAUAAGGUGGCGAGGUGGUUAAGCUGUGCAAAUAAUGUUUAUUUUCAUGUAAGACUGUAAUUUGACUAAAAGGUGAAUGUUAUUGUUUUCUUAUAAAAUAAAAUAACUGUGAUACACUA